UAUGAUGGUUUUGGCAAAUUGCCUGCGAUAAUGGAACCAAGCCGCUACGAAGAGGACGUAUUAUAUUCGCCUACACUACGGUCGAGUUUGAACUCCGAAAUACUUCGGCUAUCAGGUUUUUUGUCCAAUAUAAUUGAUUAAUCCUCUAAUGACGCCGCUGUAGCUCUCCGCGGUGAAACAUAGAACGUCGUCUUUAGAUUUUUUUCAAAACAGAUAAUCUAUCUAGCUUCUAUGAGGAACUAGAAAAAGCUUAACCAAGCGAAUUGAAGAUGGAGUGGACCGCAAAUGGAAAGUGACGUUUAAAACCCUCUCGAACAAUGCUAGAAGGAGUGGAAAGUGUGUUUUUCCGUAUAUGGUAGGACACCACCAUUGCCCUCCGGAGAUGUUAGAUGUCCAUACACGUCAGCACCUCUCCAGACAACGACAGCAUUCAUACAGCAACAACCCUCCACUGGUUUAAAUUCUUAAAACAGCCAUGCAUCUGAAAUCAAGGAGACAAUGGACCACCGUCUUAUUUGGGGUCAUUCUCGGAUUCACUGCGUGCUCUUGGUUGAUUGUACCCCAAGUUCUCGAAAGUAAACGCAAUGAAUCCCCUUUGUGUUCCUUCAAAAGUGAGUCCGCAGUCGGGAAAAAAUCGGGAAACCUCGCAGACCCCGUCGACAGUCACGUUUUCAAAAAGGAGGAGAGUCGAGGGAACAACAGUGGAGACGACCAAAGUGCCGUGAGUCGACCCAAGCAGUUUCUCUACGUGGGCGUGAUGACGGCGAAAAAGUAUUUGGCUUCCCGAGCUGUGGCCGCGUUCAAUACCUGGGCGCGUUCAAUUCCCGGGAAGGUGGAGUUCUUCUCCAGUGCUGGCUCCGAAGACGUGCACGUUCCUGGAUCGAUACCGGUGAUCUCCCUUCCUGGCGUGGACGAUUCUUAUCCCCCGCAGAAGAAGUCAUUCAUGAUGCUGAAAUACAUCCAUGAUCACUACCUGGAUAAGUACCAGUGGUUCAUGCGAGCAGAUGAUGAUGUGUAUAUAAGGGGUGAGAAACUGGAGAUGUUUCUGCGCUCUCUGAAUAGCAGCAAGCCUCUUUACCUUGGCCAGACUGGUCUGGGCAUGGCAGAGGAAUUGGGCAGACUAGCACUUGAGCCUGGGGAGAACUUCUGCAUGGGCGGACCUGGGAUGAUCUUCAGCAGGGAGGUGCUACGCCGGAUGAUUCCACACAUUGGUACUUGUCUCAGGGAGCUGUACACAACCCACGAGGAUGUGGAAGUGGGCCGGUGUGUGCGACGCUUUGGAGGGACGCAGUGUGUCUGGUCCUAUGAGAUGCAACAGUUAUUCUACGAGAAUUACGAGCACAAGCAAGGUUUCAUCGACGAGCUCCACAAUAGCAAGAUCCACAACGCCAUCACACUCCAUCCCAACAAAUGGCCCGCUUACCAGUACCGACUCCAUAACUACAUGUUGACUCGCGAGAUCUCAAGACUUCGCCAUCAAACCAUUCUGCUCCAUCGGGAAGGCCUCAUUAUGACUCACCUCAGUGACACAGAAAUGUCGUGGGAGGACCAACAGCUGGGAGGACCACCGUCCUAUAUGCGGUAUCAGCCCAGUGACCGAAAUGAUGUAAUUGAAUGGGAUUUCCUAACAGACCGGCAUAUUUAUUCUGCCGUGGAAAACAAGAUGGCCCGACAAAGUCUCGGAAGCUCUCUUCGGACCGCGUUAGAAGACAUUAUCCUCCAGGUCAUGGAGAUGAUUAAUGAGAAUUCAAAAACUCGUGGACGUGUUAUAGAGUUCAAAAAGAUUCAGUACGGCUACUACCGAGUGGAUCCGAUGCACGGGGCUGAAUACAUCUUAGACUUAUUACUACUUUACAAAAAACACAAGGGACGUAAAAUAACGGUCCCUGUGAGACGUCACGCAUACCUUCAGCAGUCUUUCAGUCGACCUUUCUUCCAUGAAACUGAAGAGUUAAAUGUAGCUGAACUGGUGACGGCUAUCAACGCACAAUCCCAGUCACUGUCUUUUCUACCCAACUCUCUCAAGUUUUUGUCUCCUUUUCAGUUCUACGAGUCUAACAGAGAAAUAGGGGAACAAAGCCAAAGGAAAAUUAACAUCCUCGUCCCCCUUUCUGGUCGCUAUGACACUUUUGUCCGUUUUAUGGAGAACUUUGAAAAAGUUUGUUUGAUCCCCAAACAAAACGUUAAACUCUCUGUGAUUCUGGUGGACAACGAGAGCGCCGAGAACAAAGGAAAACAUGUCCAAUUGAUCAAAGAUUACCACAGGAAGUAUCCCAAAGCUGACCUGGCAGUGAUUCCGAUGACUGGAAACUUUUCCCGGGGUUUCGCUUUGGAGCUCGGCUCCUCACUGUCUGAUAAUGACACACUACUCUUCUUUUGUGACGUCGAUCUUAUCUUUAAUGCCGAUUCCCUGCAAAGAUGUAGAGAUAACACUAUUCAAGGGAGCCAGAUCUAUUUUCCUGUCAUAUUUAGUCAGUACAACCCGAAGAUAGUCUACGCGGAAAAGGCCCCGAGAGAAAAUAAUUUCGUUCUUACUAAGAAAAGUGGUUUUUGGCGCGCUUACGGCUUUGGAAUAGCCUGCAUCGUCAAGAGCGAUCUGCUAAAAGCCGGCGGGUUUGACACUUCAAUUUUUGGCUGGGGUUUGGAAGAUGUAGAUCUUUUCACAAAAGUUAUUAAUUCGGGUUUAAAAGUUCUGCGGAGUCAAGAGCCAGGGAUCAUCCAUAUUUAUCAUCCUGUCCAUUGCAACUCGAGUCUUGAGCAGAAGCAGCUCAAAAUGUGCCUUGGGUCAAAAGCUAGCACUUAUGCUUCGACAAUGCAGUUAGCGGAGCUGUGGAUGGACAAACACAUUGGAGGGUACAAUAAAACGUCAUCAUGACAUAUAAGUUUACCUCAGUUUGAGAACAGACUCUGCAGUGGACUAUAUACUGUAUCUGCCGUUUUUGGUAGUAUUCUCUGGCCAAUUAUUCGAAGAACUUAAAGCGGACCACGGAUAGAAAGACAAGAUAAAUGUUAGUACGAAUAAUUUGAUAUUUAAACCCCUCUUAAUGUUUUCGUUUUAAUGAAAUUAUUUUAACUAGUAGGUCGCCAUGGUCGUUGACAUGGUUGUUCCGAUCAUGUUUUUUUGCUCCCGAUCCGAUCCCGAUCGUUUUAGUUUGAGUAUCUGCCGAUUCCGAUAUUUCCCGAACCGUUUGCAUUUUUUUGCUCCCGAUUCAAUUCCAAUCAUUCCCGAUAAGUUUUCCCGAUCAUAUACAUUUUGGCAAUGCAUUAAGAAAAAAAUGAAUAAAACUCGGACGAAUACAUACAUUCAACAUACAGUACAUAAGUACUGUAUUUGUUUAUUAUGACAAUAAAUCCUCAAGAUGGCAUUUACAUUAUUAAAAUUCUUUCUGUGAGAGGGAUCCAUGGAUAGAAAUCUAAUUCUUAAAGGAUAAAUGUGACUUUGUAUAUUGUGACUAAAUAUUGCCAUCUAGUGUAUUUGUUGAGCUUUCAGUAAAUGAUACUGUAGCCAUUUAACUGUUCUGCCCAAAUGCAUGAUGGGAAGUGCAAGCAUGACUGUGCGUAGUGGCACCAAUUGAUAUACCUUCUCUGCGUUGGGAAGUAACAUAGGGUUUUAAGGAAAAAAUCAACCACUACCGUUUUUCCCCACAUUGCUUCCCACUAUAUUUCUAGUUGUUGAGAGCGGGAUUUUAAGACUUUAGCCAAUUAAAAAGAGGCUCCAAAGACUGCCAAAAUUCUCUCUACUCAUUUUACGCUGCCUUUUAGCUCUAUAUAUAGGUAAAACGGCGCCAUUAUAGAUUGAACGCGACAAUUCGUGAGCGGGUCAUGCAGCGCAUGCGUUAAUUGCAUUAAAUAUUUUAACGUAAUUUUUAAAAAAUUAAUUACUGCCGUUUACGCAAUAAAUUUGAUAGCCCUACUUUAAGCCAAAACUAAAGACUCUGGAUGAAUGUAAGACAUUUUGUCUGUAACAUUAAAUACAAUUAGAAAACGAUUUAAUUAAAAAAUAUAUAUAAAAAAAAGGCAUGUCCGAUAUUUUUUUGCCGAUUCCGAUACUUUGAAAAUGACGUGAUCGGACCUGAUCCAGAGCGGUGACAUCACAUAAGUACGCUGCCGGACUUCCAUAGUGUCACCUUUUAACUACAUAAACAUGUCAUCAGUUCUGCCCAUCCAAUUUUAACCCGAGUGGAACGUUAAUGAAAAGGACAGCAAAACCAAAAUUAACAGGAAAGACUGGAUGAGAUGAGUAGCGUUCAUGUGUCAAGUUUGCUACUGACAGUCAAUAGAGAAGGAGAGUGAUAUCAAAAGCUGUUUGCAGAUCUUCACAGUAAACCUUUGUGUGAUCCAACUUAUUCCAAUAUUAUUAUGGAGAUAGUUAACAACCAGAGCUUUACAGUGAAAUAAAGCAGUUUGAUUAUUCGUGCAUCACAGGACACGAAAAUAUUGAUGUAGUUUUACUCUACUGAGAAGUCUAAUGGCAUCUAAUGACAUCUUACCUUAUUUGAAUGAAUGAAUGAAUUUAUUGUCAUUGUCAUCAUCAGUAUCAUUGACAGUUGCAGAGUGUGGGAUAGUUUGGCCAGAAAGGAGAAACAUUGACACAGAAUAUGGAAUAAUUUGCCCGAAAAAAGACGAUGACAGACAAAGGAAGACGGGGAAAAAAGCAAAUGCUUAUCGAUACCCGUCCCCCAACAGCCCGGGACGCACAGUCUAGCAUGUUAGUGUUGCAUAGUCCAUUUUUUUACUCAUAUAUCUUUCAAAAAGUCAUUGAUUGCCAUGGCAUUUCGCAAUAUUGUCCGUUGGUUUGGUGUAGGUCUCAUUGUAGAAAAUAUUUUGUCCAAUGAGCUAAGUGUCCAGUCAAGGAGCUCCAUCUCACAGCAGGUAAAACACAGCGCUCACAUUGCAAUGGCAGAUCAGUAAUCUAAUUUUACUGGAGGGCAUAUCUUCAGAGCAAGCAAUGUUAUUUCUUAGUCUCUGUCCCUGACAUUUAAUCAUCCUUUGUUUGCCUUUUUGUUGUGGGAACAAUUUGUAGCGGAUGUGUGUGUGCAGUGCAGCUAUGACUCAUUUUGGUCCAUUUUUGUCACGUAAAAGCGCUGUCCAGUUCGAUCAAUCAUCCUGCCGCUGUUCUCAGAUUUAUCAGAUUUAUCAGUGUUGCUCCUGAAGCUUGUUUCCCGGUGAAUAAGCGACACGGAAAUAAUUUUUUUUUUUUUUUUUUUUUUAAACCUGUCCUGUUCAGCUGUUUGACACGGAGAAUGGAUGUCUAAGUGCCCGGUUGGUCUGAACAGUUUUAAUGUUUCACAUUGAGAGUAUGACAUACUCCCAUUGUGAUCAUUCAACAUACCUCGUAAUUAUGACAAAGCAGCGAACAGGAAGGGUUUAUGGGAGAACAGAAGAAAAGAAACACAAGAGAAGAAAGAAAAUAAACACAACAACAAGAAAUACAUUGAACGUCUACAUUAAUACUAAUAUGUUGGUGCUAUCGUCAGCUAGAUGUAUUUCCGGUUGACACCAUGUGGGGGGCCUGUUGACCAGGAAAAGAGGGGGACAGGGUGGGGGAGUCUAUAAGAUAAGUGAUUGAAAGAGGUAGAGAGUACACAAAUCAGCUCUGUGAUCUAGAACCCAGUAAUCGUGUGAAUCCCUUGUGAGUGUAAGCCCGUUGGCGACCGACCCUACGGCGCCCCAUCGCCAAUCACGGCACCGGGACCCCCCACCCGAGCGCGCCCUAUCACAUCCAGUCACAUGCGAGCCCCACCAAGCACGCGACAGCCACACAAACGAGCGGAAACGCCACGCGGGUACCAUUUAUUCGAAAACGAAUAAAUGUAUUAAAUUUAGUUUGAUUGCUGGCUAUUCGUAUCAUUUUUCUGCCCAACAAAUUAUUAUGCCUUAUUUUGCACACUGAGAUCUAAGAGGCAGAGAAAGGCGAGUGGAUCAGAGCGUUCAGAUUUGUAGUUCAGACCGCGCCGUUUAUUGGCAUAAGCUUGGGCAACUCAGUCACAACAAACAUAAGUAUCAUAUAAUAAAAAAUACAACAAGAAUAAUAUUCAUAUCUCUUAAAAAAUAAUGUUCACAAAAAGAAAAGUCCUUCAAUCUGUAUUAAUGAGGCCCUAUUCUCACAAAGUUAAACAACAAUGCAAAGAGGACUGGCAUUCACAAAUUCACCAUCAAAAUACAUAUGCAAAAUACACAUAAAACUUAGUUUGGUAAAACUCUAUUUAAACAUUUUAGCAACUCAUUUAGCUCAAGAAAUACACUUGAUGGCAAUAUUUAGUCACAAUAUAAAAAACUAUGAUGCUGGGAGCCAUUAUCAGGAGUCUUGUAUGUUGUGACGACAACAUACAAAUUAACAUAAGGCACAAUGGACCCACACUAAAAAGGAAACUACUGUGUCAAUCGAGGGACAAAACGCACUCAUUGGCUUGAUCUGUAAUUAAUUUAAAACUCACCAUUGACACCUUGUGGUGUCUUUAAAUCGGUACCUUACAUAGUUAAAGAGUGACACUGUGGAAGGACGGCAGCGUACCCAUGUGACGUCACCGCCCUGCGAUGUCAACAACAAUGGCGAGCUACUAGUUAAUUUUUUGGUUUAAAAUUUUAUUAAAAAGAAACAUUAAGAGGGUUUUUAAUAUCAAAUUGGUAUCCUAUAAGACACUCCCGCCACCCCCCAAAGUAAGACGACGAAGAAAAACAGACCAGUUGCGCGCAGCAAUAGUUUGUUAAAAGGAAAUGUGACUUGAGAAAUCCAAUGUAAUUGGAGACCCAUUUUAAAUUAAUAUCAAUUGUUACAUUACCUUUGUACAGUUGGGUAUGGUUAUGCCUCUUUUUUGUGGGUCUACCUGUGCACCAGGGUUAUUUUAGAACCUAAGAAAUGUAUACAGUAUUUAAAACAUUUUAAAAAGUGUAAGUCGUAAGGUAUGAUGAUGAAAUUGUUCAAUCAAUUAUGGUAUAUUACUAAAAACUGCAAUUUUUGCUGAAAUUAUGAUGGGACUUUGCUGUGGUCGAUGAAAAUCUAUCAUGUCACGUCCUCGUUGAUUUUGGGAUAUUUCGGGGGCACGUCCUCUUGAUAUCAGGUCACGUCCUGUUGAUUUGGUGACAUUUCGGGGAUAUAGUCAUGUGAAAAAAUUAGGGCACACCAUUAAAUAUUCAGUUCUUUACUAAGCAAUGUUCAAAUAUCUAUAUCUGAUCUUGUUUUUCUUUAUCUCUGGGAAAUAAAGUGAUUUAAAUGCUGGUAAACAACAAAAAUUAACAUUGUUUUACUCAUUAAACCAAAUAUAACAAAAAAAAUGCAUAUUCUAACUUCUAACUUCACACUCGGCAGGAAGUGGGUAUAAUUAUUUUCAAUGAAUAAUACCCACUUGGACGCCACAGACUGUAUGUAUAAAAGUGUGAGUUUAAGAGGACGCUCACUGUUAGCAUUGGCCUAUUGCUAACAUGAACGCAAUUGUUACGCUAAUGCUACGAGUUACAUUUAUUGUGUGAUGAUCACUCAGCAUGGCAAAGGCUAAAGCAACAUUGCAUAUUCUCUCUGGCAAAGUAAGAAAACUAAUCUUACCGUGUAUGCAAGUCUGGAGACUGGAGAGCAGCGGCACAUCAGAUGAGUGACACAACCAGACACUGCUACGAUGCAAGCUAAAUAUUGUCACAGAUUGUGAACAUGUGAUGGAAACUAUUGUGCAUUUUCGUUUCGUUGUCAUCUCGUCAGACGAAAACUGGUAUUAGUCAAGUCAAGUUUUAGUCUCCCAAAGCAUGUUUUUAGCUCGUUAUCGUCUCGUAAGCGUCGUUAAAAAAUUGUUUGAUGACGAAAUAUUUUCGUAAUGGUUAUCGUUGACGAAAACAACACUGCUACCAGUCUUUGAUUUCAGUUUGAAGAAAGUUUGCCCCACUCCUCAACGCAGAAUACUUUCAGAUUUGAGAUGUUUGAGGGGUUUCUUACAUGUACAGCCUAUUUCAAGUCGCCCCACAGCAUCUCAAUGGGAUUAUGAUCUGGGCUUUGACCCUGCCGUUCCAGGACUCUCAAUUUCUUCCUUUUCAGCAAGUCCUUGGUGGAUUGACUUGUAUGUUUUGGGUCAUUGUCAUUUUGCUGGGUGCAGUUUCGCUUCAACGUAAUUUUUUCACAGAUGAUCUCACAUGUUCCUCAAGCACCCUCUGAUACACGAUAGAAUUCAUGGUUGAUUCUAUGAUGGUGAGCUGGCCAGGUCCUGCUGGAGCAAAGCAUCCCCAAACCAUGACACUUCCACCUUCAUGCUUCACAGUUGGUAUGAGGUUCUUUUCCUGGAAUGCUGAAUUGGUUUUACGCCAAACAUGUCCUCUCAUCUGGUGUCCAAAUAAUUCAAUUUUAGAUUCAUCUGUCCAAAGAACAUUAUUCCAGAAGUCCUGGUCUUUGUCUACAUUCACUCUUGCAAACUUCAGUCAGACAUUCAUGUUCCUCUUGGAGAGCAAGACACUACAAAAGCUUCAAAAGCAUCUCACAAAAGUCAUUUCAGCCGAAGGGGCUAACACAAGUUAUUACGUGGUAGGGUGUCCUAACUUUUUUUCUCAGUUAGAAUAUGCAUGUUUGUUGAUAUAUUUGGUUUAAUGAGUAAAAAUGUUAUUUUUUGUUGUUUACCUGCAAUUAAAUCAUUUUCUAUUCCAGAGAUAAAGAAAAACAAGAUCAGAAAUUGAUAUGUGAACAUUUCUUAAUACAGAACUGAAUAUCUAAUGGGGUGUCCUAUUUUUUUCCACAUGACUGUACGUCCGGUUGCACACGUAUCAAUGGCAUCGACUUACUUGGGCGCCAGUUGAAUGUCAAUGGGCUGUAAUGGUAUGUUUUUGGUCGAAAAUAACAAGAACUUGUGUUUUCCUGUCAUUAAUAAUGAACAGGAAAAUUGAAUGUACAUGGCAGUCAAUGGCAUGGAUGUGCAUGGCUGUCAAUGGCAUUGACUUACUUGGGCACCAGUUGGUUGUCAUGGUAAGUGGUCAAAAAUAACAAAAACCUAUGUUUUCCUGCAAUUGAAAAUGAAUGGGAAAUUUGGACGUACAUGGCUGUCAAUGGCAUCCCAUUAGAAAUGAAUGGGCAUGUUUUGGGCGAAUUUUGGGGUAUCCGUAGGUUUGCGUAUUCAACUUUCAUUGCCCCUUACUGUCCUGGAAUUUUUUUUGUGUAAAUUAUGUGAUAAGGUCAAAAACUAGAACAAGUAGCUUUUUUUUUUUUUCUAAACUGUGUUUACAGGCGAACGGAAAAUUUUGGGGGGUCAUUCUAAAAAUUCCCUGCAUUGAGCGAAUGUUACGGUCUUUUCAAUAUUUGAACAGUGCCGAUAGGUCAAACUGUUCGGGCUGUGCAGCGUGCCGAAGAAACGCCAUUCAGUUUGAAAAAAAAGGGGGAAAAAAAUGCAAAGCCCCAUCUAAUAGCUAGCUAUGGUAAGCCUAGAUUUAUUGCCCCACCACUCCCAAAAAUAUUUUCCAUAUUUUAGUAGUAUGUGAAUUUUAAUAGUAGUUCAAACUACACAUUCCUUUUAAGUUUAUAGUUAAUGCAAAGUGUGUGUGUACUACUAUACAUGUUCAGUAUGUAUAUAUGUGCAGUACAUACACAGGCGUGCAUAUAAAGCAUAUGUAUAGACGUGUACAAUGCACAUAUACUAUACCGACUACUUGUGUAAAUAUGUAUAUAAUGGAUUAAUUAUGCAAUAAAUAUACACAGUACAUUUCACAGAGCAGCUCAGGGAACAUAACAGUCUCUUAAUGUCUCCUGCCCGAAUAGCUGGUUCUCACAACACGUGCUAGUAUAAAAAAAAUGUACCCAACACCAAAAAGCUGGUACGCAUGGACAAAAUGGGUUUUGUAAUAAGAAGAGCGUUUAGACGGGGGGGAAAAAAACUUGAGUCUUCUGAGGCAGUGUCUGUUUGAGAGCGUAUUAUGGCUAUUGUUUCAGGCUUUGCUUUUCAUGCAGCUGCAGGUGUUGGAUGCUUUGAAUACAGUACAAGUGAAAAUAUUUGCAACAACUUUAAAAUUCCCAGUAUCUACCACACAUUCCAUAUUAGGGCGAAAGAAAUGUUUAAGUAAAUAAAGAAUGCCAGCAGUCUGUUUUUUAGGUCUAAAAUUGUAAUGUACGCAAUGAUCUUAUUUUGACUUUGACACUUUCAUCAUAUUUUAGCUUACAUUUCAUUCAACAAUAAAAAUGAU